CACCUGUACACGUUACCUCCGCUGAUGGAUUCGCGAAAGGAAAUCAAAGCAAAGCAAGCGGCGAAGGGGACCAGAAGCAUGGCCACGAAAGUGUCGACGCGUAGAGCUGCAGAGCCGGUCGCACCAGCGAUUUUCGUUGAUCUGGAUUAUCCGGGCGAUACGACUAACCACCGGCAAAGUGAGCAGCGUUCUUCAGGAGGCUCGGACUCACCGUCGGACGACUACCGACUAAACGCUGACUACAUCGCGGAACAUGCGGAGAGGUCGAGUGCCGUAGCGCGCCCGUUCGCCACCAGCACAGACGUAAGCACAUGGGUAAUGACCGGUGGUCGGUACCGACGACGUCAGUCGCACAUGGGACAUUGCGCAAGUGUGAUGGUCAGCGGCGUCAGGCAGGCGAAAGCCGGCACGUCGUUGAGCCGAGCUAAUACGAUGCCGGCCAAAGCACGCGCCAAAAGGCCGGCUAAGCUGCACAUCGAGAACAAGUGCAACUCGCUGAGUCCGAUGCAACUGUCGGUAGAAAAUGUCACUCACGAGCGGGUCCGGCUCCGUUCGUUUGCUAUCGAGCGCAAGAACCAGGUGAUCAACCGCGGUGACUCGUUCAAACUCAGACGACACCACUCCGCCAGCUCCACCCGAAGUUCGAACAGAUCUGGUAGCAGCUCGGUGAAGUCCACGUCGCCGGUGCCGGUGCCAAUGCCGAUGCCGAUGUCGAUGCCGGUGUUCACCGCUGACGACUGCGUGCCUCUUUAUCACGUGCUGGUGCUAGGCGCUUCGGAAGUGGGCAAAACCGCAGCCACUAGUCAGUUCAUGACCUCUGACUACAGAAACCCAUUUUCUACCGAACAAGAUGAUAACGCGCAUGAAAAAACUGUGUCAGUCCUUCUUGAUGGCGAAGAAUCGGACAUGAACUUCAUAGAAAUAAACUGUCAAAAGGAAAGUUACUGGGCGGAGCUUGAAGUCGACGGUUAUAUCAUAAUGUAUUCGGUGGAGAACCGAAGAAGUUUCGAUACCGCUGAAAAGGCACUGCGUCUUCUGCAGGAUUCGCAACGGACAGAAGAGAAGCCUGUAAUCCUUGUCGCUAACAAAAUAGACCUCGAGCGAAAACGCGUCGUUUCCGUUGCCGAUGGUAAACAGUUGGCCCGCGACUAUAAGUGCAAAUUUGUCGAGAUAUCAGUGGCAGUUGGACACAAUAUCGACAGACUACUGGUCGGCAUUCUAACGCAAAUUCGAGGCAAAGUCAACAGUGCUCAAGAAACAGAGCUGUGCGAAAAGGUUGCCAGUGAAAAGAAGAGCAGCACAGGCGAUAAAGCAGUCAGCUGUUUCAACCUGCCAAUUUUGGGUCGAAAUCUAGUAUCCAAACUUUUCGGCAGUGACACAGCAAAAUCGUGUGAAAACUUGAUUUUUACAAAAUGA